UGUGAAAGUGAUUAAACCCUAUUGAUGAGCCUGUUCUGGGCUGGCUCAUCUAUAGCCAAUCAGAUCGUGUUCAUCCCAGGAAUUGUCAUUGGUAAAUAUGGCACCAACAUUCUUCCUGCUUUCUGGCGCAACAUCCCUUUCCUGCUGCUGCCAAUAUGGGCUGCUGUAACCCUCUUGUGUAGGCCCAGAGAGCUGCCAAUCAUUCCUGCAGAUCAGGUUGCGGAACAGCAGAAGAAGACUGUGUUGACAUGGCCUGUUGACCUGCUAUUGUCUCUGAUGCUGCUGGGGGGAAUGGCCUUCACGCUGUUCCGGGCUUUUGUGGUUCUGGACUGUCGAUUGGAUGUCUGUUUCACCAACAUCUACCAGUAUGAGCCCUGCCUGAAGGACAAUGUGGCCUUCUCCAAAGUCAUGAUGCUGGUGUUCUUGUUCUAUGCUCUUCCCCUCAUGGCUGCAUGUGUGUAUGGGCUGAGCACUCCAGGAAGCAGCUGGAUGCUGGACUGGACUCUGCAUGCUGGAGCUAUGGCCCAGGCUCAGUGGUACCAUAUUGGGGGUUCUCUGCACUCUCGUACCCCCUUUACCUACCGGAUCCCUUCUGAUGCCUGCCGUGGGGUGAUGGGGCUUAAUGUGGCAUACACAGCUGUGCCUAUCCUCCUUGCCCUGCGGUGUGCCCUCCGCCCCGCCUACUUCAUGCCCGCUGUGCCCAAAGGCCAAGCUGAUAAGGAAAAGAAACAGAAGUAG